AUGUCUGCAGGAUCUCAUCGAUCAGACGAGAAAUCACCCGCAGGAUCGCACACAGGAUUCGCUGAAUGUGCCAUUGACGAUUCCGACGCUGACCCAGAAUACGCCAUGGCACAGCAGGAGAUGAACCAGCAAAAGUGGGAGAGCAAAGACGAGAAGCAGGCCAUCCAGAAAGUGUUGCCUUUUACUUUCGCCCCAAACAUUCGACCCUUGACUAUGGACGACUUCGAAUCUGCGGUGGCAUUGGAACAUGCCGCUUUCCCCCCGGAGCACCGAGCUUCUCGCGAAAAGAUCGAGUAUCGUCUCACCGCAUGCCCUGAACUCUCCAUGGGGCUCUUUUGCACCGCACCUCCGGAGACGGCCAAGGAGGCGGGCCUCGAGACUGCAGAAGCUGCCAAGCCGGUCGAGACCGACCGUGCAGAUGGCGCAGUGAGUGUGUUGCUUGCACACAUCAUCUCAACGGCAUCAAACAACAAGGUCGUGACCGAUGAUGAUAUGCUUUACCCCAAGGACUGGAAAACGUCCGGCCUCACGGGCCACAAGGUCGGCCACCAGCAAGACGGUCGCAUGGUCGCCAUUCACUCACUGGCAGUCUCGCCCAAAGUCCAGGGCUGUGGCCUGGGCAAGCUCAUCAUGAAGGCCUAUCUCCAGCAAAUGCAACAGUCUGGAGUUGCAGACAGUGUGGCGAUUCUUUGUCAAGAUUAUCUCGUUGACUACUAUUCUCGCUUCGGCUUCCAGAACCUAGGGGAGAGCAAAGCCACGUUCGGUGGCGGGGGUUGGACUGACAUGAACAUCCAACUGGACCAGAAAUCAUCGACUUAG